AUGGCCGCCCUACCGCUGAGGUCGUUGCGACAGAAUUGGUGGACAACUAGCAACGGUUCGGUUUUUUUACCAACUUCUACCCACGCCUCGCGUUCUUCUUCGGCUUUCGUAUCGUCUACAUCAACAAUACCCUCCUCCUCUACCGAAUCACAACCACCCUCAUCUCUCAGUAGCGGUGGCCUUACGACAUUUACGACCACUUUUCCAACGACGAUAACUCAGCCGACCACGACGUUCACUAGCCUUGCUGAAUCUGUGGUGGUUACGCCUGUGAGCGCAGCCGCCACAACAACAUUCGCCCCCGUUGGAGCAAAUGCGAACAAUCCUGUUUGUAUAGGUUCGGGCGUGGACGCAUCCUCAGAUGGGCUGUUAGCAGCGAUUAUCAUACCGAGUUUUAUUGGGUUGUUGAUCUGGGCUCUGUUUGCGAUACUACGACCCAGAUUCAGACAACUGUAUGCCUUGCGAGAGUGGUUUGUGGAACAAGACUUACGACCCAAACCUGUUGGCUCUGGAUUCUUCGCCUUUCUACAUCCGCCAGUUCCCCUUAUACCCUCCGUACCCUCCGAUGUCUCCGACCUUGGCAAAUCACCAGCAGGCGACGCGGAGCUCUUCCCGUCAGACGAGCAGCUCAGCCAACGCGCUAUAUGGAUUGCACUACUCAUUGCUCUCGGCUGGGCAUUUCUUGCCCUUGCAGGCGCUCUGCCAUUAUACAUGGUCUCCCUCCCUUGUUUGGCAAACCAACCAUCUACAUCGACCUUUAGUGGUGCAUAUUCUACGCUCGAGGAUCUCAGUCUGCUGAGACUCCUGCGGGCAAUCGAAAACAACAGCGCCAACAUCUCUACCGCCAAUUUACUCGAAAAGCGAGCCGUUGUCUCUGGUGCAGGCGACCCCGACCACCUUCGCAUUCGCGUAAUCGUUCUCACUGUCAUCACCCUGGUUCUGGCUCUUCUGCCAACUCUUUAUAAGAUAAUGAAGGAACUUCGGCGCCUCAUUCUCUACCGCAAACGCUGGCUAGAGCUUCGCUGUGAAGGAAAGCAGCUUGGGUGGUUGAGCGCUAAAUCCGCACCAGGUUUUGCCGGCUGGGGAGAACAACGUUUCAAGGAUUUCGUGGUCAAAUCAGGGUUAAGCUCUGGGGUCCUUGGUGGAACUGAGCGUCCGAGGAACAGUCCAGAUCGUGAUGACCAACCCAACGAGGCCGAAAAGGACGCAUUGCAGGUGGACAUCACACACAUUUACUCAAUAUGCGACACAAGGCGGCUUGCGCUUCUUAUCGACGAGCGUGACGAGAUUUUGGAGAACUUGGAGAUCGCGGAGACACGAUAUAUUUCUUCGUUCAGAAUCACCACGCCAGAACCUUCGGUGGCCGAUUUUGAAGCAACAAUUCCCAAGCCAGACCCAAGCCGCCCUUACAUCAGCCAUCCUCAACCUCUCCGCAAUCCAUCAACUCGGAGGCCACGUCGUAAACGGUCUCUAAAUCCUGCCUAUGCCUCUUCUUCUCUGUCACCCACGUCUUUCGUCGCUCCUUCGGUGUACUACAAGCUCAAUCGCGUCCAAGGUAUCAGCGGAGGGCAAUUCGGUGGUGAAGGGGCAGUCGAAGCAGGUGAUCGCCAGAGUUUGACCGAGCGGAUCAACUCGCGGCUGAUCGGAAGCCGCUUUCAAGAAGUCAACCGCAAUUCUGCUGCAUUCGGACGCUUGCCACUUGGGAGCCACGUUCGCGUCGACCAAACAGGAGAAUUAGGUCCCAUUGACGAGCAUGGGUACCUGCGAAUUCCGGAUCCCCAGAAAUAUGGACCCAACGGGAUAGGCGAUGGUGAGGAAAAAGAUGAGGGGGACUGGGUUGAUGUGUUCAGAGAGCAUCACCCGCGUGUGGAUGAGUCCGAAGACAACGGCCCGGGGCCAUCUGGAUCUAUCUCAUCACCUUUCCGGCGUCGACAUGCCAGCACAACUGGCUCAACUGCUCAAGACGACUCGCAACCCAGUACAUCCACAAAGCGCGAGACUUUCCCGUUCCGAAGACGCAAGUCAUCAGCGGGAGCAGAAGACCUUCCGCCGCCUCACAUGCGGCUGCAACAUGCCCAACCAUUCGUCCGUCCAUUGGAUGGUGUGAAUUUUGAUGCGCUAGGCACCGUCUAUGCUGAUAUUACCCAAUGGCGCGCUCGCCUCAAGGCGAUAAAUACCGAAAUCAGUGAAGCCCAGACAACAGGAUACGAAGAUAUUGCCAAUGGAGUACGAAUCAAUGGCUGGCUGGUUAUUGGGCGAGGACUGCGCUUUAUUGAUGGAAUCCAAAUCAUCGAAGGAAUGGCGAAGGAGGACGUUCGCUGGGAUGUACUCCAAAACGAACGGGGUCCGCUUGAUGCUAUUGUGCUGUGGUGCUUACUCGGUGUCACUGCUAUCUUACUAAUGGCGGGAUUAACUGCUGCUGCUGGCCUCUCACUCACAACUGCUCCUGAUGUCGCGCAUUAUCUGCCCUUUUUAAAACCGCUUGUCAAUUCUACAGCAACAAUCCCUGUUGGACUGGCCACAGUUCUCGCCCCUGCUGCCGCAGCAACCCUGUUUAUCUCACUUGCAGUCAUGAUCAUCAACUUUUCUGCGCAUAUUCGUGGCUCUGCCUCCGUUUCUGGCACACAAUUAUUCGUCUUCCAAACUAUGUUCUACAUUCUAGUUGGCAUCGGGGCGAUAUGGCUGGUCACAGUCGGAGCCCUCAUAUAUACCCUUCAAGCCUUCAACUCAGAUGGUCAACAAACAGCAAGUGUUGCUGAUGGUUCGAUAUUCAUGGCCAUCCUCGCGCUUAGUCUGGUUUUCACUGUGGCUAUAAUCUUCCCUGGACUACUACUCUUGCAGCCAUUCCGUUUGUACCGUGUAUUACGUGCGCAGGGUCGUGCGGUGACUCCAAGACAACGCUUCCGAGCUAUGUACCCUCGCACGUAUAAUCCUGCGUUUGCCAUGGGCGCCUGUAUUCUCGCCAUAAUCUUUGCUUCCACUUUUGUCAUCAUAUUCCCGCUCGUCGCCCCUGCUGUAGUCCUCCUGCUUUUCCUGUCGUUGAUCGGCAAGUUCUCUUCCGUUUCUCAUCGCUUCCUUGUUGGAUAUGUAUAUGCUCGCACUCACUCGCAAACCGGCGGGUUGCUUCAAAUCUGGCUUCUGCGUCGAUUUGGAACACUACUUUCUUUCCAGCCCAUCUUGUUGGGACUCAUUUUCUUGUCUCGUAAAUUCUGGAUAGAAGGCGGUGUCCUAAUAGGUGCAGGGUUCUUCGUGGUAAUCAUCGUCGAAACAUACUCAAUUACUGCCUUGCGCCAACCUGGAAAAGGGUCUCUUUCACCCAUCACGCGCGAAUCGCUGAAGUCCUUUAUGGCUGCCGCCAAACCGUCGAGAAGAAGAACGGUGGAUGACGAGAGCACGAGUCUCGUGAGUACCGCGCGACUGGGCGGACAUAGGACAAGAGGCUCGAUGGCUUCUGUGUUGGAGAUGAUGAGCGUUACCCUGGCGGUGAUGCCGCCUCGGAGACCAGAAAAGGUCACACUUCCACUCAAAACUGAAACGUUGGACGACCUAACAGCGACUGAACGUGCUGCACGCACUCAUCCUGAUGCCCCGCCACACCUUCCACCGCUGUCCUUCACUGACCACGCACAAGAGAUGGCAAGCAUUCUAUAUGCUCCUGAACUGAUUGCCCCUCCACCGAUCAUCUGGCUACCCAAUGAUUCCGCUGGAGUAGCAAGGUCGGAGGCCGUUGAUCUACAGAAAUACCAUGAUUUACAAGUUACCUUGGAUGUGCGGACUAAGGACGACGUGCUCAAAGCUGCACCACAACGGAAGCAGACUUCUAGUGGAACUGGGAGUAGGAGAUCCUAG